AUGGACAGCCUUAGUCCUCUACGAGAUCUGAUUCAGUCCCACCCACUCAUCGACCACCAUGCGCACAACCUAUUGAACCGCGAGUCAGCGACCGACAGCGACAAUUACCCAAUCGAGGCCAUCACCUCCUCAGCAGACGGUCGGGCCCUAGAAAAUGCCCGCACCACCCUCCCCUCACUGCGGGCCAUAACCCAGCUCUCCGAGCUAUAUGGCCGCCCCUGCGAAAAUUGGAAUGACAUCCAAUCCGCCCACAAUCAAAGCGUGCGCGAAGACUACGACGACUUGAUCCGGAACUCUCUAUCAGGCACGCACGCACUGCUCCUCGACGACUACCUCAGGGACGACGAAGAUAUCGAAUCUUCAACCUGGCACGAUAGCUUCACCGUCUCACCGACAAAGCGAAUCGUACAGAUCGAAGCCCUGGCCGAGUCCACAAUCCUGCAGGUCUCGAACGCGCGCAAGAACGGCGAAUCCGUCUGGAACAAUUUCCGACAGCUGUUCCAGGAUGCUCUCGGCGAGGCUUUAGAUGAUGCCAAUAUCGUUGGGUUUAAGUCGGAAAUUUCCUGUCGUACGGGGUUAGAUGUUGAUCCGUAUUCCUCCGACGAUACCACACUCGGCGGGUCAUUGAUUCGCAUCCUCGAUUCUGGAACGACCAGGUCAGGGUUCGAAGUCAAUGAUAAGCAGAUCUGUGAUUGGAUUGUUCAGCAGACGCUGAAAGCCAUCUCGUUUAAGAAGAAAGCAGGUGUUGCGAAACCUUUGUUGUUCCACACUGGCUUGGGAGAUGAUCGAAUUAAUCUUUUGCGCGCGAACCCGGCUUGUCUGCAGCCUUUAAUCGCCCAGUAUGCUAGUGCGGAUAUUGUCCUGUUGCAUUCUGGAUACCCAUACACGCGCGAAGCGGGUUAUCUCGCUUCUGCUUAUCCCAAUGUCUAUCUUGAUCUCGGGAAGGUCUUUCCCAUGGUUAGCCGCGAGGCGCAGAUGAAGGUCCUGAGAGAAAGUUUGGAGAUCGCGCCUACCAACCGUCUGCUCUGGAGUACUGGUGGCCAGUUUCACCCGGAGACGUUCUGGUUGGCUAAUCGGCAGUUCCGCCAGGCUCUUGAGACGGUACUCGUUGAUUAUGUUCAGCAAGGCGACUUCACUGCGACUCAGGCCAUGAAGAUAGCUGCCGAUGUUCUGUUCCAUAACUCCAAUCACCUUUACAGCCUCGACUUGACUCCGUCAUACACCGCUACCGAGUAA